CCCGGCGGGAGUACGUGGCGAAGAUGCUCAUCCUGCGAAAGAUGAUGUCCAUCCCCGUCCAGGUAGAAACUGUGACGAUGGCGAGAGUACGCGACGCGCCCGAAGGGGGGGGCGCAUCUACUGGGGGAGGCGACGACGACGACGUCGUUGAGGGAUGCGCAACCGGUUCGGACCCGCUGUUCUGGCCAGCAGUUCGAAGCACGGCGGACGGCAAGGAGGACGUCAAGCACGUGCUAGUUCACGGCGAACUUCGGGCCGAGGGGGGGGAACGUGGCUGCACGCGUGUACCGGUGGACAAGAGCGACUUGGUGAUGCGCGAUGGCAAGGGGGACUACAGCUUGGUGCCCGAUCUUCAAGUGCGCGACUUGUACGUGGCGAAGAAGAAGAAGGAGGAAGCGCUUUUCUGGCCAGCCCGGCGGAUCGUGGAUGGAGAGACGGAGUACAAACACGUGCACGUCCACGACGGCGAGCGUCCCUGCGGGGUCUGCGUGCGAAUAAAACCGAACGCUCUCAACGUCUCACUGCGGUGCGAGUGCCGCGACUGCAAACGCAAGCCGUUUGACAGCUCUUCGCGGGUCCCUUUCAACCCGCGUGACCUGCUGGGGCGGGACGGGCGAGGGGAUUUCUGCUUGGUGCCCGACCACGAGGUCCUCGCCCUCUACUUUCACGACGAGACCACGGCGAAGGAGAACGACGACGGCAGCAACCAGUGGGUGUCGGUGUUGAAGGGCGCCGCCAUCAAGAAGAAGGGGGAAGGACGCGCCGCGCACAUCUCUGACAUCAUUGGGCUGGAUAGAGGGGUCGCAGCGAUGGGGAAGGAGGCCUGGGGCAUGAUGCAGGAAGACAUGAACGUGGUCGAAGAUAAGGAGAACCCGGUUGAGGUCGCGCGGCCGGCUCCCAAGGACGGGGAGGCGCCGACGCAUCGGGUGUUUCCCGGACGCUACGAGCGUUCCGGGAUCUACUUCGGCAGGAAAGAGGGCGAGGGGAAGGACGGCCAUGCCGUGAAGCUCGUGCAGGAUGCCGUCGAGCUGCUGAAAGGGAUUCCCGGCGCCUGCCAGGUGAAGAAAACGGAGAACGACCCUUCGACGGCGGUGGUCAUCAUGACAGUAGGGCAACACCAAGACGGGUACUGGAAUUGCGCACGGAUGUUGGAGCCAAUUCCGGGGCUCAUCGCCAUCCACGAGCUGACAAGCGAGCCACACCGGCAGCUGGUCAUGGUCUUCGACAACUCUACCGGGCACUCGGCGUUCGGCGCCGGCGCAUUGGUGGGUGAGCACGUUGCCCUGAGGCCAGGGGGAGCGCAGGGCGCUCUUCGCAAUUUCGAGGACGACGAGGGGAACCCCGUGCACACCACCUUCAGGGUGGUGGACAACACGGGGCAGGGAAAGGAGGAUGGCGAAAAGGACGGGGACUCGGGUGGGAGCGGGGCAGCUGGUGAAGCAGGCAAGAGGCGUCGCUGCUGCGUCGUGCGCGUUCUGUCUGAGCUCAAGGCGUUCAGGGAGGAGCUCAACAUGGUUGAGAAGCUCUUCAAGGCACACGGGCACCUGUGCAUCUUCUUGCCGAAGUACCACCCAGAGCUCAACGCAAUCGAGCGAUACUGGGGGUACAUCAAGCACCUCCUCCGCCUCCACUGCGAGUAUUCCCUUCGCCACAUGCUCCAGGUCUUGCCCGGCGCGUUGAGCGGCGUACCCGCACGGUUUAUCCGCGCAUGGAGCAGGGUGACGUGGCUGUACAUCGAAGCCUACGACGAGGGCCUGGAGGACUACCUCGAGUACCGCGAUCUCAAGGAGUGGGGGAAGCACCGAGAAGCCACCGCCAGGGGAGAUGCCGUGAUUCAGGCGAGGGGGGCGGGGAAGACGCCGGAGCAGAAGAAGGCAGCCGAGGCGAAGGCGCUUGCGGCUGUGCAGGAAGUGCGCAAGCAGUCGAUGGCAGCGACCAGGGAAGCCAUCAACACGUGGACGAGCAAGAGAGCCUCCCGGAAGGAGCAGCUACGGCUGUGGAUUUUGCGCAACACGAUGAAUUUUUUGAGGAAAUGGUUGGGCGGGCACGCUCAGGCGUGAGUGGGGAGGGUACGUAUCUAUAUGUCGCGGUGUGUUGUAGUGUUGGUUUCUCGCGUUUAGGCGCGGUAGAGGCGUUCGUCAUGGUCACCAACUC